AUUUAUUCCUAAGAAAUAAACACAAUUUGGUGUGGAAGAAUCAACAUUCAUCUAGCAUGGAGGUAAAUGUAAUUUCACAAGAGAGAAUUAAGCCAUCUUUUCCAACCCCUCAAAAUCUAAGAAACUUCAAUCUUUCCCUCUUGGACCAGCUCAUUCCAGCUCCUUUCGCACCACUCACCCUUUUUUACUCAAAUGAAGAUCUCGAAAUUCUCGAUAGAGUAUCUUCGCUUAAAGAAUCGUUAUCGAAUGUCUUGACCCGAUUCUAUCCUCUUGGUGGGAAGAUUAAAGACGAGCUCACCAUUGAUUGUGAUGACGAGGGAGCUUACUUUGCCAUAGCCAAGACCAAUUCAACUCUAGCCGAAUUCCUUAUCCGACCCAAGCUCAAUCUGAUGGACCGAUUCCUUCCGUGCGAAACAAGUUUUAACGGGUCGGUUAUUGGAGCUCGUGUGGCUAACAUCCAAUUGACAAUCUUUAGUUGUGGUGGGAUCUCUAUAGGGUUUUGCAUUUCACACAAGAUCUUUGAUGGAGCAUCAUUGAGCACCUUCAUUCGAGAAUGGGCUAACGCCACUCUUGGGUCGAAAGAACCUGUUUGCCCGAGUUUUAUCGGGUCAGACAUGUUCCCCGCCGAAGAUUUGUGGCUUAGAGACAUGUCAAUCAAAUCAUUCGUUCCCAUUUUCAAGAUGGGAAGAUCCGCCACUAGAAGAUUCUUGUUUAAAGCCUCCGAAAUAAUUGCUCUCAAGACAAAGGCUACACUAAAUUCAAACCCCACGCGAAUCGAGGCCGUCUCGGCUUUCCUAUGGAAAUGUGCCUCGACGGCAUCGAGAACACGUAAAGGGUUCUCGAGUCCGUCUGUUCAAACCCACGUCGUGAACUUGAGAAGGAGGUUUGAACCGCCUUUACAUGAACAUACUAUCGGUAAUCUCAUAUGGUUUUCAAGCGUGAAGUUAUCGUCUCCAAGCGAAAUGGGACUACACGAAUUGGCUUGCCAAACAAGGAAAGGCAUUCGAGAGAUAAACGGGUUCACAAAGAAUUUGGUAAGAAGCAAUGAAAGGAGGGGUGCGAUAAUUGAGUCUUUAACUAAGACGAAAGAUGUUGGAGAUGGGGCGAAUUACUACGGGUUCACUAGUUGGUGUAAUUUUGGGUUCUAUGAAGCCGAUUUUGGAUGGGGAAAGCCUAUUUGGGUUAACACAGUUGGUUCAGAGUGUCCAGUCUUUAUAAACCUGGUUGUUUUGAUGGAUACGAGAGAUGGUGAAGGAAUAGAGGCAUGGGUGACCUUAGAUGAAGAAGAAAUGGCUUUGUUAGAGACCAAUGAUGAGCUUUUGACUUUUGCAUCCUUAGAUCCAAGCCCCCUUCAAGCUACAAAGACAAAGCAAUAAUAUCUAAUAAUCUUAUCUUCA